AUGAUACAUAGAUUAGAAAUUCUUCCAAAUGAAAUUUUUGUUAUAAUAUUAUCUUAUAUAACAUGGUUUGAAAUGAUUGAAUCAUUUGGAUCAUUAAAUAAACGAUUUAAUAAUCUUAUUUAUUUAAAAUUUUCAAUGAAUAAAAAUGGAAUUGUUAUUAGUAAAAGAUGUUUAUCAUUUAAUAGAUGUCAUUCAAUAAUAACAUCAAAAAUAAAUAAUAUAUCAUCUGUUUUUGAUUGUAUUAAAUGGAUUCAUAUUGAUGGAACAAAUUCAAAUUGUUGUGAUAUUAUAUCUCAAUGGAUUUUUCAUUCGAAAAUUGUUCGUUUUAUUAAUCUUAAAAAACUUAUUCUUACGAAAUGUUAUUUAACAGAAAAAUUAAUUGAAAAUUUAUCAUUACUUAUUCAAUAUCAAUUAAAUGCAUUAGUAUUAUCAUUUGAUCAAGAUAUGUUUGACUCGAAUAAUUCUCAAAGAAUGUCUGGAAUAACUUGUUUUAAUCAAAAAUCAAAAUUAAUGUUGAUGUUCAAAGAAUUUCUACGUAAACUAUUUUCUGUUAAAAGUAAAUUAAUUUAUCUUGAACUGGAUAUAUCAAAUGAUGAUUCUUAUGUUAAUAUUCAUCAAUAUUUUUCAUUAUCUUCUAAUUUAAUUAAUAAUGAAUUUGUUACUAAUUGCAUGAGUAUUCGUUGUUUAUACAUACAUUUAAUUUAUGGUUAUAUUAUUGAAAAUAUUAUUAAAUAUGUACCUACUCUUGAAAUUCUUUCAAUUCAAUUUAAAAAUUCCUUAAUCAAAGAACCAUCAUAUGAGAUCGAGAUGAAAAAAUUUCGACCAACUAUUGUCAAUUGGUAUAAUAAGAUACCAAAAUUAAAAUCUUUUAUUUUAAAAAGUGUUAUUUCUGAUGAUUUUCAGUUAAAUUAUUUAAGAUGGAUAAUUAAUAAAGUUAAUUAUAUUGAAAAAUUAAAACUUCAUCUCGAUAUAAAAAAUAUAAUGAAUGAUAAUUGUGUUAUUAACGAAAAUUUUCUUGAAAAAUAUUGUAUGCCUAAUAUAUUAGUUUAUUUAAUUGAUUUUGAUUUUUAUAUUGUUUCUAAAUGUAAAUUAUUAUUAUUAAAUGAUAUUCAAAAAAUAAUCGAUUCAUUUAAAUCUCAUCAAUUUUUUGCUAAUGGUCAAUGGAAAAAUAUAAAAUGUUCUUUUGAUCCAAUAAUGUCAUGUCAACAUAUAUCAUCAAAAACAACAAUAAUUAAACCGAAGUGUUAUGAUCUGCACCGUCCAUGA